CCAGCAGUGAACAGGGAGGACUGCCAGACUGUGGUCAUGUGACUUUCAGUAAAAAGGAACUGUGCAAAUAAAGAAACUUCCAAACCAACAAACAUUUGAGUAAUAAUUCACCAAUCAGUGGAGAAGAAGAGAUCCAGUUAGGGGGUCGCUAGAGUUACCCCACUGCCACACAGACACACUGUAAACACUUCUGGGGGACACUGUGGCAGCUGCUGCUGCCUCACAGCCUCGUCUCCAGAACGUUUUUGAGCUAUCAUUCGCAUCAGGUGGUCUGGCGCUCAGGUAAGAACAGAAUCUACACAUUCAAGAGCACAAAGGUUGCGACACUAUGCUGCGUGGUAUCAUCCUCCUGCUGCUGUUGGGGUUCUCGUACUCAGCGCCUGAUAUAUCCGUACCUGUGGGCUCCAACUUCAUGCUGACCUGCCCUGGAGACCCUGAUGAGGACUUCCUCUUUCCCAGCUAUACCUGGACCUUCACGUCUGAGGGAGGGAAAGACGUGCAGCUGAACUCGACCGAGCCGGAGCUGCAGUUCACGCCAGUGGAGCUCCGACACACCGGACUGUACACAUGUGUGAUCAAGUUUCAGUCAUCAUACGGCCUGGUGAAGAUGAAGAGGAGGUUCAACUUACAAGUUCAAGAGAUUCCCGCAUUCGCCAAAUGGUGGGUCGUCAUUGUACCAGAGGGCAGCACUGCGCUGCUCCCCUGCCAUCCUGUCUUCCAACCGGGCACCAACACCAGCGACACCACCGCCAGAUGGUCCAAAGGGGAGAAAGGCUUUACAGAGCUGAAAAUUAUGGAAAAAAGCCAGAGCAGUGAUGAAGAGAAGGGGAGCAAAACAGCAGCCAGCCGGAUCUCCUGGGCUUCUAAAGCUGAUGUAGAUGAUUGGUCCAUCGAGAUUACUGACGUCAGACAGGAGGAUGCAGAUUUGUACCACUGUGGGGUCAAAGUGGGGUCGAAGAAGGAGAUGGUGUUGGUGGAACUGAUUGUGGAGCCUCCUCCACCCCCUCGCUGUUUGAACCAAACACAGCCGUGGGAGGCGUGUCCUGACCCGGAGAACAGGUCGUGGAAGGCCACAGUGGGUGAAUCGGUCACUGCGUUUUCCGUCCACCUCUACAACAAGCUGAGGGGCUCACAUCACGGCCAAAACCUGCUCGUCUCACCCAUCAGCAUCGCCGGACUGCUCUCUCACCUGCUGCUCGGUGCUCGAGGAGAUACGAGGACACAGCUGGAAAAGGCUCUCUAUCUGCCCACUGAUUUCUCCUGCCUGCACUCGGUGAUGAAGGAGAUGAGAGAGGAGACCAAGGAGUCGAUGCUGAUGGCCAAUCAGAUGUUCUUCAACCCCAACCACGCGCUCGGAGAAGCUUUCGUCAACCAGUCCCUGGAGUUCUACGAAACAGUGCCCAAAAAGCUGACCAAUAGCAGCGAGGAGAACGUGAAGAUGAUCAAUGAUUGGGUGCAGAGGAAAACGCAGAAUAAGAUAAAGAAGCUGGUGGAGUCCAUGGACUCGUCGACGGAGUUUGCCCUGCUAAACGCCGUCCACUUCAUCGGUAAGUGGAAGAGCUCGUUUGAAGAAAAAAGUAAAGACGGAGAGUUCAUGACUCUGUCGGGAGAGCUGGUGUCUGUUCCCAUUCUCUACAGCUCCAAAUUCACCCUGGCCACCACAUACAUCAGCAAAUUAAAGGCUCAGGUGGCGAAAUUCCCCCUCACAGGGAAAAGCAGCCUGUACGUGAUGGUCCCGAACGCUGCAUCAGAGAGCGCCCUCAGAAUGCUGGAGGAGAACCUGGAUGAGAACAAUGUCCAAGCCAUGGUGAAAGAGGUGAACAAGGUCAUUCCUGUGUCUGCUGAGGUCACCCUGCCCAAGACCAAACUGACCACGAACAUGGACCUGGCCACUUUACUGAGGAAAAUGGGUGUGACGGGUCUGUUUGACUCUCCUAAUCUGUGUGCGAUGUUUCCGGGCGAGGAGCCGGUGGAGCUGACCGACGGCCGUCACCAGGCGUACCUCUCUCUGACCGAGCAGGGCGUGGAGGCGGCAGCGGCCAGCAGCGUCUCCUUCUCUCGCUCCUUCAACACCUUCAGCGCCAUGCAGCCCUUCGUCUUCAUCGUCUGGAGCGAACAGACCGCGUGCCCACUGUUCAUGGGCAGAGUCGUCAACCCAGAGAAAGAGGCGAGGAGAGAGAGAAAGAAGGAGAGAGGCAGAGAGAAGCAUGGGAGUAAGGAGACAGAGUAGAGCAGACAUGUAGCUCCUGUGUGAACCAACAGCUGAGGAGAGAAAAUCGCUAUGCAGGAAAAAGAGCAGAUAUACAGCAAAGAUCUCACACAAUUAAUGUAAUAAAUCAUCACUGUAUAAACAUACUAACAACUACAACGCUGCAAUAAACGAUCUAUAAAACUAUGAAA